AAUUAGAGUAAAUUAUUGGGUGCUCCGAUCCGUUUGCUACUUUACUCCGGUCAACUAGAAGUAUAAAAAAAGGAGAAAGUGGUUCAAUUUGUAAUCUGUUGGGUUGGUGAUUGGCGUCUGAAAUUGGGCGCAAGAUAAAUUUGAAGAGUGAAGUGAGAGAGAGAGACGGGAAAGAGCGUGAGAAGAUGACAGUAGGAGCAGGCAUACAUAUUGAUGUGACGGAGAAGAAGUUGUUGGUGUUGGGAAAAGAGCUUUUCUCCGAUGUACACGAUAAUGUCAUCUUGACUCAGUGCGCCGAAGAUGCUUUUGUCGCCGGAGCUUUCAUCGGCGUCGAUUCUGAUCGUCUCGGAAGUCGCCGUGUUUUCCCUGUCGGAAAACUUGAGGGAUUGCGGUUUAUGAGCGUGUUCAGAUUCAAGUUGUGGUGGAUGACACAAAGGAUGGGAAAUUAUGGCCAAGACAUUCCCUUGGAGACUCAGUUCUUGAUAGUCGAACUCGAAGCAGAUGCACAAACUCAUCAAACCAACUAUGUUGUUUUCUUGCCUUUACUUGAACCCAACUUCAGAGCUGUUCUCCAAGGGAAUGCCAACAACCACCUCGAAAUUUGCCUUGAAAGUGGUUGUCCAGAGGUUGAACAAUUUGAUGGCACUCAUUUGGUGUAUGUGGCUGCUGCUUCUGACCCAUUUCAUCUCAUCACCAGCGCUGUCAAGAGUGUGGAGAGACAUCUUCAGACUUUUUGCCAUCGUGAGAAGAAGAAGAUGCCGGAUAUAUUAAACUGGUUUGGUUGGUGCACAUGGGAUGCAUUUUACACUGAUGUUACCUCACAAGGAGUUAAGGAGGGAUUACAAAGUUUUGAGAAGGGCGGAAUUCCUCCAAAAUUUGUUAUCAUUGAUGAUGGAUGGCAGUCUGUGGGCAUGGAUGCCAAUAGUGUUCCAUGUGAAGAAGAUAAUUGUGCCAAUUUUGCUAAUAGGCUGACCCACAUCAAAGAGAAUCACAAAUUCCAGAAGAAUGGUAAAAAAGGACAUGAUAGAGUGGAAGACGGCUUCCGAGACAUCAUUACUGAAAUCAAAGAAGAUCAUUCUGUUAAGUAUGUCUAUGUAUGGCAUGCAAUAACAGGGUACUGGGGAGGUGUUAAACCAGGUGCUGCUGAAAUGAAGCACUACGAAUCCAAAUUAGCCUACCCAAAAACUUCCCCUGGUGUUCAAGGAAAUGAGCAUGUGGAUUAUCUUGAUAAUUCCUUAGUAACCAUGACGAAGAAUGGACUCGGACUUGUAAACCCUGAAAAAGUUUUCAACUUCUAUGAUGAGCUUCAUUCAUACCUUGCCUCAGCUGGUAUUGAUGGGGUGAAGGUUGAUGUCCAAAAUGUCCUUGAAACACUUGGUGCUGGUCAUGGUGGAAGAGUUAGUCUUGCGAGAAAGUACCACAAGGCAUUAGAGGCUUCCAUUACUCGAAAUUUCCCUGAUAACGGAAUUAUAUCUUGCAUGAGCCACAACACUGAUGGCUUGUACAGUUCCAAGAGAACAGCAGUUAUAAGAGCAUCUGAUGAUUUCUGGCCAAGAGAUACCGCAUCACACACCAUUCAUAUUGCUUCUGUUGCUUACAAUUCUAUUUUCCUUGGAGAGUUUAUGCAACCGGACUGGGAUAUGUUUCAUAGCUUGCACCCAAUGGCUGGAUACCAUGGAGCAGCUCGUGCAAUCGGAGGAUGUGCAAUUUAUGUUAGUGACAAGCCAGGACAUCACGACUUUGAUUUACUAAGAAAGCUUGUACUUCCUGAUGGUUCUAUAUUGAGGGCUAAACUGCCGGGCAGACCCACCAGGGAUUGCUUGUUCUCUGAUCCUACUAGAGACGGUAAAAGUCUUUUGAAGAUAUGGAACAUGAAUGAUUACACUGGGGUGAUUGGUGUUUUCAACUGCCAAGGAGCUGGUUGGUGUAAGGUUGGAAAGAGGAAUGUAGUCCAUGAGGAACAACCCGAUACAAUUAGUGGGGUUGUUAGAGCUCACGAUGUAAAUUAUCUAAACAAGAUAGCAGAUGCUGGAUGGAACGGGGAUGCUAUUGUAUAUGCUCAUCUUGCAGGAGAGGUGGUGUAUCUUCCUCAAAUUGUGUCGUUGCCUGUGACAUUGAAGGCUAGAGAAUAUGAAGUAUUCACAGUGGUUCCUGCAAAGCAGUUGUCAAAUGGUGCCAUCUUUGCCCCAAUUGGGCUGACUAAGAUGUUUAACUCAGGAGGUGCAGUAAAGGCCUUGCUCUAUGAGGUUGAAAGCAGUAUGGUUAGCCUGAAAGUUCGUGGUUGUGGAGCAUUUGGGGCAUAUUCCUCAAUCCAACCACAAAAGAUUUGCGUAGAUGAUGAGGAAAUAGAUUUUGAAUACGAAGAAACCUCUGGGCUCGUUACACUAACAUUGGCAACUCCACAAAAGGAGUUAUACUUGUGGAGUAUCAAAAUUGAAUUAUAAGAUAAUAAUGUUGAUAUUCUUAUAAUUCAAAAUUGAUUUUCCUUUGAGAAAGCUUGGAUGAUGUCUGAUGACAAGAUCCCAACCAACAAUUAUUGGUGGGCUAGCUAUAUGGGUGGAUGCUGCUAAUUUUGCAGUGGACGGACAUUCUUUAAAGAUAUUUUUUUGAUGGCUCAAAAGAUUACAACAUUAGGUUAAUAGCUUAGAUUAAUGUCAGGUGUAAGAUGUUGGCAUGUUGCUAUGAAGCUGUAGUAGUAUACAACAAAUAUGAUGUAUGAGAACAUAUGUACACUAGCUCAAACAUAUGUAUGAGAACAAAUAUGAUGCUAGGUUAAAUUAAAUGUCCAAAAUAUUGUUGGAACGAAGAUUCAAAAUCUGGAUAAUGUUUU